UUUUUUGUAUCUAUUGAUUUAAAAAAAAAAAUAUAUAUAUAUAUAUAUAUAUAGAAGGAUGGCAAUGAUCGGAUCUUUGGAUCAUUAUUUAGCAGGAACGUCGUUUUCCAAUUAUAUUGAACGACUUGAAUUCCUGAGUCAACUGAAUGGAUGGGCGGAAGAGAAGAAAAAGUCAAUUUUGAUCGCUCUCUCCGGUUCUGUAGUCUACGAUGAGCUGAAGUUAAUAUUUCCAGCAGUUGAACUGAAAACAUUAAAGUAUGAUGAUAUAGUUAAAAAGCUUAAGGAGAGGUUCGAUAAAAUAGAGCCUGAUAUGAUGCAAAGAUACCGUUUUUAUAACCGAUUCCAGGGGUCAGAUGAGUCAGCUGAAAAUUUUAUUUUAGCGAUUAAGCUACAAGCUGAGCAUUGUGACUUCAAAGAAUUCAAAGAUACAGCUAUUAGAGAUCGUUUGAUUAUGGGUGUUUUUGAUAAGGACUUGCAGAGAUCUUUGUUAUUGGAAGAAGAUUUGGCCUUAACUACAGUAGAGCGAAAAAUAGUGAACAGUGAAUUGGCAGGAAAAAGAGCUAGGUUAAUUAAUGCGAAUAAAAUAGAUGUCGAUGGUGUGUUAGCAAUAAAGAACCGUUUGGGACGGAGAGAAAUUUUUGACAAUGAUCGUUAUAAUGAUAGACGUUUUAGUGGACAGCAUAGGAAAAAUGGGUACGGUUAUAAUGAAAAUCGUGUUAGUUUUAGGCGCGAUUUUAGGAAAAGAUCGGCUUCUGCCAGUAGAAAUCGGAACUCAUAUGCUAGUGCUAUUUGUAAUUAUUGUAAAAAGAAGGGCCAUCUUAGAAGAGACUGCUAUAGUUAUAAAAACAGAAAUUCAGUCAGAUUUUUAAAAAAUGAUACUAGGGAAGAAAGCUAUAACUUCAAAAGGUCUAAAGAACGAGAUUCUUCUGUUGAGACUGAUGGCCUAGAGUGCAUGAUGAUAUCUACAAUAAGAAAAAAUAAUGAUCCAUGCAUGGUGGAGGCUGUUGUUCAAGGCUGUGUCUUGAGUAUGGAAAUUGAUUCAGGAUCAGCGGUAUCGGUUAUAAGUGAAGCGGAUUUCCAAAAAUUGUUUAGUAACAUACCGUUAGUCAGCAGCAAGCGACAGCUUGUUGUGGUGAACGGUAAACGGUUGAAAAUCUUGGGGGAGAUCGAUGUCAAGGUGAAAUUGAAUGGCUUCGAGCACCAGCAUAUGCUAGUGGUUUUGGAAUGCCGUAAUCGAUUUGUUCCCUUGAUUGGUCGUUCUUGGCUUGAUUGCUUUUACCCUGAUUGGAGAUCUGGCUUCGUAUCCGUGUCUUCAGUUAAUAGCUUGACUGAUGAGAAAGGUAUUGAAAAAGUUACGGAUUGUUUGAAAUCAAGAUAUAAACAAGUUUUUAAUAAAGAUUUUUCAGAACCUAUAGUGGGCUAUGAAGGUGAGCUAAUUCUGAAGCAUGAACAGCCGAUAUUCAAGAAGGCGUACACUGUGCCGUUUAAACUGAAGGAUAAAAUGCUAGAGCAUUUGGACAUGCUGGAACAGCAAAAAGUAAUAACGCCUAUUGAAGCCAGCGAAUGGGCUUCGCCGGUUAUUGUUGUCGUGAAGAAGGAUCAAGAUAUUCGCAUGGUUGUUGAUUGCAAGGAACAUACUUAUGGCUCACAGGAAUCAAUUAAAAUUGGCAAACAAUGUGAUGCAAACGUCCAGACUGCUAGUCCCAGAAGACACACCACAUGGUAGGAAGCGCAGUUGGAAGGAUGACCUUGAAGAACCGUUACACGGAAUACCUGGUUCGUCUACAGGGCCUUUCAGAGGAUUCUCUGACUUCGAACUGUUAAAACCUACUCAAGAAAAAUUACCAAAAACGAACCGUAGUCCGUCAAAAAAGAGCACUGGAAAACGCAUUGUAAUGCAAUCGAAAGGAUAAUCAUCAACAGCAGUGAAGUCUGCAAUCGAAAGGAUGAUCUUUGGAUUUACACGAAUUUUGCAUAUCAUUAUUAUAAUAAGAAGUUUAAUCUCAAACAUCGUUUGAAUUUAUUUAAGAGUUAGUUAAUUCUUCAGAGGGGAGAACUGUUAUGUCAGGAGUAUUUAGUACAUAACGCGUAAUAUGAGAGCACUCAGUUUACUGCUUUAUUGAGAGUGUGCUCUCAGUUCUGAACUACACGUCAAUGGUGUCGGAAGUGCCAAUAGCCGGUGUUAAAUAUUAAUAAAAAAUUAUAAAGUGAAAUAAAGUUUUAAUUGUACAAAUGAUUUAAGAGGUGUUAUACAUUAUAC